AUGGCGAGUGCGAUGGCUGGUGGUCGUAGGGAGGUUCGAGCGACGGUCGUGGUCGUUGAAGAAAAAGCGCCCAGUCAGCCCACGCCCGUCCCGGAUCGGAUCGGCCCGGCCACCUCGACCCAAAGCGCUCAUCGCGUCGCCACAUCGCCACCUCCCAAAACCUUCUCAUUCUCGCUAGUCGCUGAUCACUUGGUUCGUAUGAAGUCAAUUGAAGAGGGUCAUUCUGGUGAAGAGGCUGGGGACGAGAACGUACAUAGGUGGACCCAGUCCAUCAGCCUUCGCCCGUGGUCCGAACAUAAGGGUAUCCGGGAGCCCCCACAGACAAAUGUGCGACUGAGGAUCCGGCGCGAGGAGAAGAUACCUACAGUUGUAUUGAGAGGAUUCAGAGCCAAAAUCAGAGACAUCCAGAUGAGUGAAGAACAGGCGCAGACGAAGGGUAACAAGGGGGCACCGGCAAGCGUGUGGACGUAUACAUUCGAGAUCAAAAGACGUACAGACCCAGUGCGCAGAGAUCCAGAGGAAAAGCAGCUGCGAGCCCAUACAUUCAUCGGAAGUGAAAUCGCCAGGAGCUGCGGGUACCGAGCAGGAAUACCCGGUGCGAGAACCAGCGGUAUUACUUCCGAGAGUGGCAGUGACAGCCGCACGAGGAGUAGUAGUGAAGGAGACGUAGUGAUUCGAGAGCGGGAGGACUCAGCUCAUGCCACAGGCCUCAGGAUAGAAGAGAACGCUGACGAGGAGACUCCAGGCCCGAAGGAGAGAUGCGAGGAAGGAGAUAGAUGGAGGACGAGCAGAGGGUGGGGAGGCCAGGGUGUGGAUGACGAGGAGCUGAGCGUAGACGGCGUAGAGAAAGGACGAGAAACGGCUCAGCAGCUCGGAGCCCGGCUGCGAGCAUACUACUGA